GCGCUCGCAGAUGCCCUGCAAUCAAACAAGACCGUCACCGACAUCAACCUCGAUGGCUACAAGAUCGGAGACGAGGGUGCCAAGGCACUCGCAGAUGCCCUGAACUCCAAUCGCGCCAAGGCCAGGCGGUGCCCACGGGGUUUUAGCAGCUUGCAAUUUCGACCGCCGCUUUCCUGUGAGAGGCACUGA